UAGCAGUAGUAAGUAGUAACUAAGUAACAUAGUAACAUAGAGUAGUUGCUGAAGUAAGCAACAAUGGAGAGAAGGAUUGGUUAUGAGAUCUUGGUGGUGGUGGUUUUGGUGACCCUUUUGAAUCUCUCAUUGAAUUGUGUUCCUGCUUCAGCCAACUUUGGUAAUGAGGUGGACCAACACAGAAGAAGCCUUCUUGCUAAUGGCCUUGGAACAACUCCUCCUAUGGGAUGGAACAGUUGGAAUCACUUCAACUGUCAAAUUAAUGAAAAAAUCAUCCGGGAAACUGCCGAUGCGCUUGUUUCGACUGGUCUUUCAAAGCUUGGAUACACUUUUGUAAACAUAGAUGAUUGCUGGGCCGAGCUACACCGUGAUGAUAAGGGCGAUUUGGUAGCAAAGAAAUCUACAUUCCCUUCUGGAAUCAAAGCUCUUGCAGAUUAUGUUCAUAGCAAGGGUCUUAAGCUCGGAAUUUAUUCGGAUGCAGGGUAUUUCACUUGUAGCAAACAGAUGCCUGGUUCACUUGGUCAUGAGUUUCAAGAUGCCAAGACUUUUGCAUCAUGGGGUAUUGAUUAUUUGAAGUAUGACAAUUGUAACAAUGAUGGAUCAAAACCAACUGUUAGAUAUCCUGUUAUGACUCGAGCAUUAAUGAACGCUGGUCGUCCAAUCUUCUUCUCUUUAUGUGAAUGGGGCGACAUGCAUCCGGCUUUGUGGGGCGCUCGAGUCGGAAAUAGCUGGAGAACUACAAAUGACAUAAAUGAUUCAUGGGAUAGUAUGAUUUCAAGGGCUGAUAUGAAUGAAGUUUAUGCUGAUCUCGCAAAACCGGGCGGUUGGAAUGAUCCUGAUAUGCUUGAGGUGGGAAAUGGAGGAAUGACAAAAGAUGAAUACAUUGUUCAUUUCAGUUUGUGGGCCAUUUCCAAGGCUCCUCUUCUUCUCGGUUGCGACGUUCGAAACAUGUCUAAAGAGAUUGUGGAGAUAAUCACAAACAAAGAAGUUAUUGCAGUUAACCAAGAUUCGCUUGGUGUACAAGCUAAGAAGGUUAGGAUGGAAGGUGAUCAAGAGAUAUGGGCAGGUCCUCUUUCAGGGUAUAAGGUAGCUGUUGUGUUGCUUAAUAGAGGGCCUCUGCGCAAUGCCAUCACAGCCAAUUGGGAUGACAUUGGCAUUCCCCAAAACAGUGUUGUUCAAGCAAGAGACCUUUGGGAGCACCAGACAUUGAAGAAACUAUUCGUGAAUAAAUUGAGUGCUACAGUGGAUCCACAUUCUUGUAAAAUGUAUGUCUUGAAGCCAGUAGCUUGACUUCUCAAACCACCCACAAACUAAGCUAAGGACUGCACCUUCUGGAGUUUACCUUAUUGGAACAACUUUCUUUUCUUCCAAAUAAAAAGAAAAAGGGAUUGAAUGUUUAAACUCAAUAAACAUUCUUCUUCUCGGUUUGUUCUAAUUGAGGUGUUCUAUCUUAUUUUAUUUUAGCUCCUAGCUUUGUAAAGAUACUAUAAAUUUUAGAGAAAAGUGACAAAUAAGUCCUAAAAUUUAUAUU